AUGGACCCCACCCUUCUCUUCCGCAUCCAGCGGCGCGCUAGACGUGGCCGGGCCGGCCCGCAGCCGGUUGAACCUAUCCUCCUCGACAUUCACAACGGCUUUUGCGCGUAUGUUGCUAGCAUCCUGUGCAAGGCCCUUGGCCCCGCGUACUCGGGUGCGCCAGCAUCGAAAGACUCGAAAUCGCCUGUUCAGCAGCCGCAAGUCGCUGCCGCGACCACCCCGACGCCGGCACCGAUGCCCAACGUCCGCCUCGUCCACCUCCACCCACCAGAACGUCUCAUGACGACGGGCUGCUGGUGCCCGAACCCGUCCAAACCUCGCCAACACCACUGGCGCACAUGCGGCUGCUUCAUACCGCAACACAUCGUCGCCCCCGAGGCCGUGGUCGAGCCGUGUCCGCAUCAGCCGUGCCCGCCCGCCUUCUCCUACAACCCGGCCGAGCCGCCGGCGCGGACGACCGUCGCGCACCUGUUCUGCUUCGACCCGCUGGCGGCGAGCGCCUCGUACAUGCGGUGGUUCCUGGCCAUCCAGGGCCCGCCGGACACGCCGCCGUCGGAGGAGGACGCGACCUACCUCGGGCGCUGGCUGACCGACUGCUACUACAGCGACGACCACUACCGCGGCUACGGCGUGCCGAACCCGUACCUGCCGGUGCAGGACCGCGACACCGGCCGGCCGCUGUACGAUGCCCGGUGGGACGAGGUGCCGGCCACGGACGAGCUGGCGCAUGCGCACUUUCGUCUGGUCAGCCGCCUGUUCAUAGAGCUGCGCGGCGACCCGCCGGAGGCGAGCCGCGCAGGGUGCUGGUACGAUGCGGAGCGCGUGCACAGCAUGAUUCGCUGGGACCGGAUGAGGGUGCAGGAGACGAUGGACGUCUUCUUGCCGUUUGUGCUGCAGGCCAAGGGGGAAAGGCUGAUGCAGGCGGCGGCACCGGCGCCGGCGCGACGCUGA